AUGGAAACAACGGGAAAUAACAACUCCACUCCCUCCGGAAAAAUCGGAGCAAUUCCAGACAAGACUUUAAUUGCUUUGAGAGCAAACAGGAUAUUGAGAGGCAAGGGUGCAAGAAGAGAGAAAAGCUGUUUGGAAAGAGCAGCCCAGACCUUAGACAUUGGGGUUCACCGCAUUUAUAAUCCGUGGGUGUCUGUGGUGCGUGUGCGCGCGCGCUCCCACUUCUCUCCCUCCUGCCCUAACUCGGCUGCUUGUACCACAGGGAACAUACUUGAACGUUCACCGCAAGUCCCGCAGCUUGCAGUGCCUCCGCGGGGCGGACGCCAGGCGCGCGGCCGUUACUUCGCUCUCACUUGUGCAUUUGUCAGUUUCCCCUGCGUUUCAGGAGGCGAUAUAUCCCUCACGGCGUGCGCGGCGAGGCCGCUGGGGCCGCGGAGUUGCCUGCCCCUGCCCCGCAAGCCCGGGCAGCGCCCCGCGGGGAGGAUGAGUGGCACCGGCGCCCGGUCCAGCCACCUGUCCCAGCCGGUCGUCAAGAGCGUGCUGGUGUACCGCAACGGGGACCCCUUCUUCGCGGGGCGACGCGUCGUCAUCCACGAGAAGAAGGUGUCCAGCUUCGACGUCUUCCUGAAGGAGGUGACCGGCGGUGUGCAGGCGCCCUUUGGGGCUGUCAGGAACAUCUACACCCCGCGGACCGGCCACCGCAUCCGGAAGCUGGAUCAAAUCCAGAGCGGGGGCAACUACGUGGCUGGAGGCCAAGAAGCCUUCAAAAAACUCAAUUACUUGGACAUAGGAGAAAUCAAGAAAAGACCAAUGGAAGUUGUUAAUACAGAGCUACCUGUUAUCUGGUUGAAAACCAUGGGAAUAUUUCCUGCCAAGUGAGAAGAUUCUGAGCAAUAUUAUUUAACUCU